AUGAAUAAACCCAGGUACUUAACAGAUUCAGAAAGAGCCAAAAUCUUGGAAUUCCAAGAUAUGAUUCAUUAUUCUCCAAGAUAUAGUGACGAUACCCAUGAAUACAGACAUGUAAUGUUGCCCAAAAAUAUGUUAAAAGCUAUACCACAAGAUUAUUUUAAUCCUGAGACAGGAACAUUGAGAAUCUUAUUAGAAGAAGAAUGGAGAGGUUUAGGUAUAACUCAAUCGUUAGGAUGGGUCCAUUAUGAAACCCACGCCCCAGAACCACAUAUCUUGUUAUUUAAAAGACAAGUAAACUUCAGUCAAUAG